AUGUCCACAUUAUCGACUUUUGGGAAAGGAGCUUUACGAGUAGCCAAGAACUAUACGAAAGGAUACAGCGAAGUUCAAGCCAAAGUCAGGGAGGCGACAAGCAAUGAUCCUUGGGGGCCCAGUGGCACCCAAAUGAAUGAAUUAGCCCAGCUCACCUACAACCAGAACGAUUUCGUGGAGAUCAUGGAGAUGCUAGACAAGCGACUCAACGACAAAGGGAAGAACUGGAGACAUGUCUUUAAGGCACUCACCGUUCUUGAUUAUACUCUCCAUGCUGGAUCAGAGAACGUUGUUCUUUAUUUCAAAGAUAAUAUUUACAUUAUCAAGACACUUAAGGAAUUCCAGUAUAUCGAUGAAGAAGGGAAGGAUCAAGGCGCAAACGUUCGUCAGAAGGCAAAAGAUAUCACUAAUCUGCUUAUGGACGAUGGCCGUCUGCGUCAAGAACGCAAAAGCCGCGCACACAUGCGGGACCGUAUGGCCAACGGUCAUGGCAACAAUGACGGAGACGACGACGACCUAGCUCCUCGGCGGAGCCAAAGCACGCCCCCUACUCGCUCUAAGCGUUCCAAUAAGGACGAAGACGAACUGAAACGUGCCAUUGAAGCAAGCAAGCAGUCAUUAGCGGCUGAAAAUACCCGAAAAGCGGAGGAGGAAGAUUUGCAGAAGGCUCUUCGUCUGUCCCAGGAAGACGAAGCAAAGCGGCUCAAGACGUUAGAAGAUGCCAAUUCAAGAGCCCUUUUCGAUGACCAGAAUCAGCUGAAUCCUUUUCCUCUCGUUGAUUCUUCGCCUCAAUCCCAAAUAACGGCAAUUCAACCCCAAUUUACCUCCUUCAACCCAUACACCCAACAAAUGCAACAGCAGCAACUGCAGGAAGAGUAUUUAAGACAGCAGCAAGAGUGGGCCCUAUUGGAACAACAACAGCAGGCGCAGGCGCAGCAGCGUCAGCAGCAGGAGGAGUGGCAACGUCAGCAAAUACUUCUGCAGCAGCAACAACAGCAACAAGAGGAGUGGACGCGCCAGCAACAAGCGUUGCAAUUCCAGCAGCAGCAGUGGCAGCAGCAACAGCUCUUACAUCAGCAACAGCAGCCACUCCAGCCUCAGCACACCGCUUUCGGCUCCAAGAACCCAUUCGCUUUCAGCCAAUCACCCGCAACCGCGACACCACCUCUGCCACUUUCAAGCUUCAAGCCGCCUUCCCCUGUGCUGGAGCAAUUUUCUUCCGAGCCUCCGAGCCCUACGGCCGCGAACACACGUGCGAAUGCAAGGCGACCAUUUGUGGAGGAUAGCACGCACACUCAAUUGGCAUCACUCUUGGCAAAUAGGGAUGAUGGAAUCGACACCUUCGGGAAUUUCGGUCAAUUGCGCCUGGGCCACCAACAUGGUGGGCAAGCCCCUCUCAUUGGUCAGCGAACGGGAUCAAAUCCGUUCCAACAAAGCCUGCAGCGAUCCCAGACCGACAACGAGCAACCUUUUUUCACUGUUUGA